UCUUUCAACAACCUCAGUUCCUCUUUUUUCUUUCUGGGUGUGCUGGUGUGUGCUUAGCUUUAGCUUAGCUGUGUGUGUUUCUCGGGUCAAUCUCAGGCUUCCAUUAUUAAAUGGAAGAGAUACAGUGAACGUGCUCCUUCUUUGUCAGGACAUGAUUAGAGUUCCUUGUGUUUUUUAUAAUCCUAAAAAGCCUUUUUCUUCUUUGUUUAACAUUCACAGCCUGAGACAGGCAAUUUCCAGAGAUAAUUGACAGGACUUGCUUUGGAUUUUGAGCUCUAGUUUUUUCCUUCCCCAUCUUUUGAGAGCCAUGCUUUGUCUCUGACAAUUGAGAAUUCUUCUUUUCGAGUUCUGGGUUUCUGUCUCUUUUAGGGGGUUUUCAGUGAAGUCUACAUUCCACAGUAGGAGCUAUUUGGUCAUAUUUUUGGUUGCUUCUGCUUUGGGGUGUUUGAAUCACGCAAAACAAUGCUGAUGAGGUGGGUGAAGAGGAAACAAGAAGAAGAAGAAGAAGAAGAAGAAGCAAAGAGGUUGUUGAAUUUGUGGUGAUGGGUGGGAAUUUGAAGACGCAGAGCCACCACUCUGUGGCUGUGAGGCUGAAUGAGCAAAUGGGGGCCAAAAAGGGCUUCACUUUUAUUCAGGCCUACAGAGCUUGGUUCCCAAAGCUGUUGAUGCUUUGGAUUCUGGUGAUGGCAUAUUUGAGCUUGUCAAUCUACAAUUACAUGGAUGCUGAUAACAAAGUGAGAAGGGUGGAAGUGCUUAGUAGCAUGUGUGAUCAGAGAGCAAGAAUGUUGCAAGAUCAGUUCAAUGUUAGUGUUAAUCAUGUGCAUGCCCUGGCCAUCCUUGUUUCAACAUUUCAUUACCUCAAGAACCCAUCAGCAAUUGAUCAGGAAACUUUUGCAGAAUACACAGCCAGAACUGCCUUCGAGAGGCCUCUAUUAAGUGGGGUGGCCUAUGCACAAAGAGUUGUUAAUUCGGAGAGGGAAAGUUUCGAAAGGCAAAACGGCUGGACGAUAAAGACGAUGGAGAGGGAGCCCUCACCCAUCCGAGAUGAGUAUGCACCUGUAAUUUUCUCGCAGGAAACCGUCUCUUACAUUGAGUCAAUUGACAUGAUGUCUGGGGAGGAGGACAGAGAAAACAUUUUAAGGGCUAGGGCUACUGGAAAAGCAGUUCUGACCAGUCCAUUCAGGCUGCUCGGUUCACACCAUCUUGGUGUUGUGCUGACUUUCCCUGUUUACAAAUCCAAGCUCCCUCCAAACCCAUCUGUGGAGGAGCGCAUAAAAGCAGCUUCCGGGUACCUUGGUGGAGCCUUUGAUGUUGAGUCCCUUGUAGAGAAUUUACUUGGGCAACUUGCUGGGAAUCAGGCCAUUAUGGUUUAUGUAUAUGAUGUCACAAAAUCUUCUGAUCCCCUAAUCAUGUAUGGUCACCAAUAUCAUCAAGAUGGUGACAUGUCUCUUCUGCAUGAAAGUAAGCUUGAUUUUGGGGAUCCCUUCAGAAAGCAUCAGAUGAUAUGUAGAUAUCAUCACAAGGCACCGACAUCAUGGACAGCAAUUAACACUGCAUUCUUAUUCUUUGUGAUUGGUUUAUUAGUUGGGUAUAUCUUAUAUGGAGCUGCAAUGCACAUUGUCAAAGUCGAGGAUGAUUUCCGUGAAAUGGAAGAAUUAAAAGUUCGAGCAGAAGCUGCUGAUGUUGCCAAGUCCCAGUUUCUUGCUACUGUUUCCCAUGAAAUUCGAACACCUAUGAAUGGAAUCCUUGGAAUGCUUGCCUUGCUUCUAGAUACAGCUUUAAGUGGAACCCAGAGGGAUUAUGCUCAAACUGCUCAGGCCUGUGGAAAGGCACUGAUAGCAUUAAUAAAUGAGGUGCUUGACCGGGCAAAAAUUGAAGCUGGAAGGUUGGAGCUGGAACAAGUUCCAUUUGGCAUUCGAUCUAUACUAGAUGAUGUCCUUUCUUUAUUUUCUGAAAAGUCCAGAAAUAUGGGUAUAGAGCUUGCAGUAUUUGUUUCCGAUAAAGUUCCAGAAAUUUUUAUCGGUGAUCCCGGGAGAUUCAGACAAAUCAUUACAAAUCUUGUGGGCAACUCUAUUAAAUUCACAGAACGAGGACAUAUAUUUGUCAAAGUCCAUCUAGCCGAGCCCUCGAAGGCCAUGAUUAAUGGGAAAUCAAUGACUUACUUGAACGGAGGGUCAGAUGAAGGUGUAAAAACAUCUGUUGGUCGUCAGUUUAAGACGUUAAGUGGAUGUGAAGCAGCUGAUGAUCAGAAUAGUUGGGAUACUUUUAAGCAUCUAAUUGCUAAUGAAGAACAUAGAACUGAUGUUUCAAGUAAUGUUGCAGCCAAUAACGAGGCUUCUGAACAUGUCACUUUGAUGGUAUCUGUGGAAGAUACAGGAAUUGGUAUACCAUUAUGUGCCCAAGAACGAGUAUUUAUGCCCUUCAUGCAGGCAGACAGUUCAACCUCUAGACAUUAUGGAGGCACUGGUAUCGGCUUGAGCAUCAGUAAGUGUCUAGUUGAGCUGAUGGGUGGUCGGAUAAACUUCAUAAGUCGACCUCAUGUUGGGAGCACAUUUUCGUUCACGGCUAAUUUUGGGAGGUGCAAAGAAAAUGUAGUUAGUGACUUGAAAAAACCUAAGUUGGAAGAUCUACCUUCUAACUUUAGAGGAUUGAGAUCGAUACUAGUUGAUGGAAAACUUGUGAGAGCUGCUGUAACAAAAUACCACUUGAAGAGACUUGGAAUCUUGGUAGAAGUUGUAAGUAGCAUAAAGAUGGCUGUUGCUUUUUGUGGAAGAAAUGGUUCUGCGACAUCUGGAAAUAUUGUCCCUCCAGAUAUAAUUCUAGUAGAAAAGGAUGCAUGGAUUUCUGGUGAAGAAUGUGAUCUCAACAUACAGCAAUUGGAAUGGAAACAGAACGGGCAUAUAUAUAAGCUGCCUAAGAUGAUCCUUCUUGCAACCAAUUUCGGUGAAGGUGAAUUUGAUAAUGCAAAGGCAGCUGGUUUUACAGAUACCGUGAUUAUGAAACCUUUGAGGGCUAGUAUGGUAGCUGCAUGUCUUCAACAGGUGCUUGGCAUAGGGAAGAAGAGGCAACAGGGGAAGGAGCUGCCUAAUGGAUCUAAUUUCCUUCAAAGCCUGCUCUCUGGUAAAAAAAUCUUGGUGGUUGAUGACAAUAAGGUAAACAGAAGAGUUGCUGAAGGCGCAUUAAAAAAGUUCAGAGCUGAUGUAGUGUGUGCUGACAGUGGCAAAGCUGCAUUGCAUUUGCUUCAAAUACCACACAACUUUGAUGCUUGUUUCAUGGAUAUUCAAAUGCCUGAAAUGGAUGGUUUUGAGGCAACUCGUAGAAUUCGGCAGAUGGAGAGCAAGGCAAAUGGGGAGAUAAAUGGUGGAUUGGAAGGAGUUGCAAGAAAGGGUGAGUGGCAUUUGCCAGUAUUAGCUAUGACGGCUGAUGUUAUCCAUGCCACUUAUGAUGAGUGCCUAAAAUGUGGUAUGGAUGGAUAUGUCUCAAAGCCAUUUGAGGAAGAGAAUCUGUAUCAAGCCGUGGCGAAGUUCUUCAAAUCUAAACCAGAGUCAUAG